AUGCCACCAGCAAAGAUCCCUGGCUAUUAUUUUGACGAAUCUCGCGGGAGAUAUUUCAAGAUAACAAAUGGAGCUGUACCUGUUGAAAACGACGCGUCGCAAAAAUAUCACAACAAUUCAGUCCAAGCGGAGAAACGUAAUCAACACUUUGACAAAGUAGAGAAGCAGGAACAGAAAAAACACGAUAAAGAAAGUAAAAAAAGACGUCAUGGACAACAAGUGAUCAAUAAUCCUCGUGUGACUCCAUUUCCUCCCUCAGAUAAAGUUUAUCAGAGGCUACGAAGAGUUGAAUUUGAUCACUUGACCCUCCUCGGCUUGAAAACUGGCACUAUUGAUCUAAACAAAAUCUAUUUCAAGAAUGACUUGAUUGAUACCAUUCGAAAUGGUGCUAAGCUAGAGCAAAAUCAUAUCAUACCGCCACAAGGUACAAUUGCGGCAUACCACAAAGAUUACUUUAUCGUGGCUAUGACUAAAUAUGGAGACGAACAAGUGUUAAACAUGUCUGUAUUUACUUCUUCAGGGAAACUAUUUGUUCCCCCACAAUCUAUGUAUUGCAUUGUUGCCGACGGAUAUCAGAAUUUGACUAAAGUUGGGGCCGAUGAUCUCUUUGCAACUUACAAUCAGAAUCCGUUGCACACAAGGAUAUAUACUGGAUACAAUGAUACUAGGUCGGUGUCUUACAUUUUACAAAAUUAUGAAUUCUUUGGAGAGAAACAUUGUCCUGUGCUAAAAUUCCAUACUUUCAGUUCAAUCGACAAUUCUUUUGAAGAUUUAACAGUGCCCUUAAUGAGGUUUCUCAAAACUCAAUUUAGCAAAUGUCAUAAAAAAAUCGGCAAUAAUCUCAAUAAGAUGUUUGGAUUGGAUAGCUUUCAGUUUACUCAAUCUUCUUCAACUAGUAUUAAUGAAAUUAAUUCCGUAUUGAAAAGUGGUGCAAGCUACUUUCAAGUGCAGUCUCGUUUGGAUGCAUUUUUGAUAGCGCAUGAUGGUCCGAAACCCGAAUACAUUUAUAAGCCAGUUGAACGUAUGCUAACUAGCUCUAUGAUUGCGACCUGUGAUGUUGUGGAUAGCCAAAUUGUUGCUGUAACUUCAAGUGGUCAAAUUGUAUAUUUUGAAUAUAACCCUGACUUGAAGAAAUUUCAGGAGUUUAAACUAUUCACAACUCGGAUGUCUAUGGAGCAACCACUGGCUAAGUUGAAAGGAGACUUCAUAUACGUCAAGGUGGGAAAGGAGAUUUUGGCCAUCAAUUACAAAGAGAAACAAAUUGAGCGGCACACGUUUGAUAGCUUGCGCCAUUUUUUUAUCUUGUCGGCAUCCAAAUGGCUAAUUGUCAAUCACAAUCUAAUCCUGUAUUAUUAUCCCCGGACUAAAGAGUUUGAACAAGUUAUGUCUUACAAUCAUGGAAACGACACAUUUCAGCAAUUUCAACUAAUCAAUAAUCACUUAAUCUUCACCACAGGUUCAAGAUUCAAAGUAAUCAACUUGUCACGAGCCAUCAAAGAUCAAGUCGCGGUGUUAGAGGUGGAAUUUGAAACGCGCAUAUACGGACAUUUUAGAAAUUACAGAUUGCAUCGCAUAAUAGACAUGGGUGUACGGCAUGGUCGAACUCUUGUGGGAUUUCAGUUUGCCAAUCCUGGAAGAACUCAUACACGGUUUGAGUCGUAUUACAUCUAG